CAUGUGUGUCGGUGUUUUUACCUUCCAGAGCUCCACGUGGACGAGUGGGUCCACCAGCACCCCGGCGACAGCGUGGAGGAGUUGGCCCAGUGUCAGGAGACGCCAGCCGGGGAGGAGGACAGUGAUACGGAUCUCACCUAUGGAGAGGUGGAGCAACGGCUGGACCUGCUGCAGCAACACCUGAACAGACUGGAGUCCCAGAUGACUGCAGACAUCCAGGCCAUCCUGCAGCUCCUCCAGCGACAGACCACGGCCGGCCCCCCCGCCUACAGCACUGUCACCUCCAGCCCCGAGUACCAGAGGCCGGCCAUCAGGGUCCAGCCGGUGUCGGAGCUCAGCCUGGGUCCAGCUCCACCUCGGCCCCAGAGUCCUGCUUCAGAGACGGGCCCCAACAAAUCCAAAGAACCCUCCCCAGUCCUCCUCCACACAGAGACUCUUCCAGAUGGGAACUUUACUGGAAGCGAGGCCGAGCAGAGACAAACACUGAAUGCCGUGGACUCGGCAGAGCAGCAGCACCAACAGCUGCCGCCAAGGUUCCCAUCAGGCCGGCAAGCUUCUCUCCCCGAUGUCCCCAGCAGCUCAGGAAUGUUGGGACUCCACAGGCCAGUGUCUGACCCGGGGCUUCCAGGAAAGUAGGCCCCUUCCUACCCAAAAACCCUUCGACGAUGACUGAAGGUCUCCUCUCCAGCUUGACUCAGGGUCUACGAAAGAGACUGAUUAUGCAAAGGAUAAAAACUGUAGACUUUCUUCCAUUCCUUUUGAGAAAACCUCCCAGCACUAACCGUCCCUCCGCUCUGAUAUUGAUGUAUAAAAUCAUUUAUACAGAGGUAUUUAUAAACUAUAUUAUUAACAUAUAUGUAAAGUCAUCAUUUACUGUGUACAUACUUCCAAUAGAACACUGCCAGCAACACGAGGCACCUAAUGUGCUUUUUCUAAAAAAUAUGCAUGAUUUGGGUUCUCAUGUUUUCUUUGUUUGUUGCACGUUCCUCACCAGGCGAUCAGGUGUGAUCUUUGCAUGCUCACAGACUACUGUAGCUAUCAAGUCUCAUUUUCUACUACUCCCCUCUUCAUGGGGGAACAAAGCUACUUGAAACUCUUUCCGAAGCAUUUCUCUAUUUCACUCCACAGCUUUAAAGCUCCUACUUUAUCAGCAAACAAAUUGACGCAGCCACAAACUUACCAAGAGACCUGUCUGUAUAUUUAGCGUGCCUACUGUACACCACAUUGCCAUGACAGAUGAAAACCCACUUCUUAUUCAGCUUGAAAUACUGGACAGUGUAAAAAAUGAUAUCCCAUAGCACAGCGACAACUUCUGUCAGUCUUUGAGAGCAAUAAUGACGAGCCAAUACAGGAAAUACACUGAUCUGUGUUUACUUCUAGGGUUAAAUACGCUGUGGAAGUAAUUUUACAAAACCUGACCGAAGAUAAAAAGAUGCUGUGGAUUCAUUGGCAAGUGAAAUUAACUAUAAUAAAACACUGAACAGGGCGAAACACCAACCAACAUGGGUCAAGUUGUAAAAACAGGUCAACAUACUGUAGCGACCCUCUGUGAUGAAUGAGUGAGACUUUAUCUGGUUUUCUGGUCGUUAUUGAACUUUCACACCUUGUUAAGUUACUUCCAAUCAUGAGACAACUUUUAGUGAACUAAAAAUUCAUCACAUAUCAAAAGUUGCCAUGGCUAUACAGCUAUUUGGUCGCGCAAAAUCUCUACCUGGCUUGAUUUAAACAUCCCAAAUUCACUUCAGAGUGCCCGUAUCGAUGUCAUCUAUGGGUCUUUCCAUUUACACCUUGCUAUUUUGUCAUGUUAUCGUAAAAAAAACCAUGUAUUUGUCAUUUGGUCACAGAGAAAGUCCGGUCUCCUGCCUCAACAUUAAACAUCUAACUGUAAAACUGCUGGACAGGAAGCAACACCCUGAAUCACCUUCACAGCUGGUGGGAGUCUUCAAGUUCCAUUCUGUUGCAUGCUUUAGGUCUUCCAUUAUCCUUUCAAAACGUACAAUUUCCUGAGUUACUAACAAAACAUCAUCAGAAAACUACACAAAAAGAUGAUUUUUUAUUUCUUGUGUUUUAGGCUGAGGACACAGCUCAGCCUUCGACAGCCUUAGCUCUUUUUGCCUGCUCUAGCCUUUACGAUAUGACAUCAGCCCGACGCACAGACAACCUGCUCCUCCUCCGUGUAAAUGUUUCUAGAUUGAACUGCAUGAUGAAAAUGAGUUAGUCCUUUUAGUUUUCUUGCUACAUAACCUCCAAGAUGAGCUCACGUAUUGCAUGGAGACUGCACUUGGCUCAAUUAUAAAAAGGUCUCGACCAAGCUGUGUAUUGAACAUGUAAGGUACAGCACAUAACACAUCCACAAAGAUUUAGAAAAAAAAUCUGUUAGACCUAUUUUCCUAAAACAAAGUAUUUAAUUUGCCCUUAUUUUUAUAUGUACCUUAUUUGUUUUUAAAAACAAAACUUGCUCUUCGAAUGCUGUGGACUGCUUCCAGGAUGAUGAUGAUAUAGCCUCUCAAUGUAGCAAGCAGGACCUGCGAGACAGACAACACUUAAACCCAGGUGUUGCGCUGACUACAUGCUGUUUCAUUAGUUUGUCUUGAUUUGAUAUUGCACACUGAUAUGAUUUCUGCAGUUUCAACACGGACUUUUCCCUCUGGAUUCACACAGCGGGUUGAAACAGGCGAGGUUUACCGUCCUCCGAAGCAAGCCCUGUGACUCCUAACCCUUAGGUAGAACAUGUAGAGCUGAUCAAACGCUGAAAAUCUGAUUUGUUUCUUCAACAAGAGCUGAAAAGAGGGAGAUAGUGUGAGGAGAAGAGAGGAUAACAUUCAAGAGAAAGCUUUUCUUUACAGGACACCACCAUCGUUUCCAGCAGAAUAACGCCUCUCUUUUCUUUUACAAGCUUUCUCCUUGAGCACAGAUGUAUAACAAAAGUUGCUGAAGCCUACCUUGACAUGUCCAGCGCCUAAAAAAAAGGAAAAAAAAAAAAGUCGUCCACUGAACUUUCAUGGGAUUUGCAAACUUUUGCACAGAGAUUAGAAAACUCGCUGUACUGGCUAUAAAUGUCACUUUUUAAACCUAGUGCUGUUCACAAUUGUUUUUAUGCAUUUUUUAAAUGUUUGCCACUGUAUUUUAUACAAUGCAACACUUAACAGCUAAUUUGAAUGUUUCUGUUCUUAACUAUAUUUAAAGAAAUAAACUAUAUUGUGUAAAUAGACUGGGGGAAAAUGCGCAAUUGUAUUAACGAAUAAACAGAAUGCAUACUGAUUAAAAGUGUGUUUAAAAGGGUAUUUAUUGUGAGUAACAAAAUAUGAAUUCUUUGACAACAUUGGAAGUGUGGAGGUGGAAACCUGGCUGUGUUUGUACAGAAACCUAAUAACUAAAAUGUUUACAGCUGCAAAAAUCUCAGGCACAUGAACAUCCUAUAGCUCUGUGGAAAUACUCCUAGUUCUGAUUAUUGUUAACAACAGCCAUCAGUGUGGAUUGAAUUGGCUCACAGUCACUUUGGCUUUGUGAUCACAUCAAACUACUACGAAUAUAGAAUCUACAGCAGUAACAUUCGUGCAUACCGGUCAAGCUCAUAGCCAUGGAAUCACAGGAGUGCCAUAAUAAAAGAUAAAUCUGUUUUUAAA